CGCUGGCGCCGCCGUUCGCCGUAGUAUAAUCUCACCACCAGUGCCACUGUUGCCAUUCCCCGCAGAGUGUCAGAUGUAGAUAGAUGUCGCUCUCUCCCUAAGUCAAAUCGUACGCGAAUUUAUCGCCUUUCAAUGUCAUUGGAGGCGUUUAUUGGAAGUGAACCACAUAAAUAUAUGAGACCAUGAGGAACGUUUAGUGAUUGUCGAUCUUUAGAAAGUUAAAAUGCUAAUGUCUAGGCAGAUAAAUUCAUGACAAGUUACCACAGCCAAGCAUCGUGCGGCGUAUACGAAGGAGUGGCUGAGGGUAAAAGGAUACAAAAGUGUCGAAUAAGAGUAAUAUACGAGUGAUAAUCUAAGAUAACUAAGGAAACGAGUUUAGUAGCAAAGAAGAAGAAGAAGAACAUCCAGGCAAGAUGGAGGCAUUCUUGGAAAAAAUCGGCGAGUUCGGGAGGUACCAGAAGACCAUGUUCCUGCUGCUCUCUCUCCCGACCAUCAUCGUGUCUAUGCAGAAGCUCGCCUGGGUCUUCCUAGGUGCGCGAGUCGAUCACAGGUGUCGCCUACCAUGGGAAUAUGAGAACACGACAUAUCCCCUGAACGAAACGGUAAGAAACGCCUCUUAUCCUUGGGAUGACAAACUCAACAAGGUGGAUCAGUGUCAUGUUUGGAGUGACGCCACAGAGGACUCAUUCGGAAGACACAAUGACAGCGUCCAAUUGCCAUGCGAUGAUUACGUCUAUGAUCGAUCCAGAUACGAAACAAGCGCUGUCAUGGACUUUGACCUCGUGUGUGACAGAGCAUACAUGAGAGCAGCAGUACAGAGCGUUUAUAUGUUCGGCAUGCUUAUAGGGUCUUAUCUCUUCGGUGAUCUCUCCGACAGGUUUGGUCGUAAACCUAUAUUCUUAAGUGCCUUAGUACUGAUGGUUUUCGUUGGUGUAGGCCAAGCAGCCAUUCCAAAUUACUAUGUCUUCACAGCUCUUCGCUUAGUUCUUGGUGCAUCUCUCCAAGGUGUAUUUCUAGUGGCAUAUGUGAUGGCAAUGGAGCUGGUUGGAAAAAAGAAGAGAGUGUUGGUUGGAGUAUUGAGCCAGUUCUUCUAUACACUUGGGUAUUUCAUGGCAGCUUUUCUAGCAUUUGAGAUCAAAUCUUGGCGUUGGCUACAAAUCGCUAUGACUUUGCCUGCAGUGUUGUUUAUUCCGUAUUACUGGGUAAUACCAGAAUCUACUCGUUGGUUAAUUACAAAAGGGCGUAGUGCUGAGGCACAGGUUAUUCUAGAGAAGGCUGCCAAAGUCAACAAGAAGAAGGUGACUGAGGAAAUGGUUCUUCAGGCGGUAGCAAAAGGUAACAAAGACGGUGGGAAAGGAAACUUCUUUGAUCUUUUCCGCUUCCCCAACCUACGCAGAAAAACACUUAAUUUACAUUUUAACUGGUUUGUGAACAGUGGCGUUUACUAUGGAUUGUCCCUAAAUACUGGUAACCUUGGUGGAAAUGACUACCUCAAUUUUAUAAUCAGUGGAGCUGUGGAGCUACCAGCACAUGCUAUUACAAUUCUAAUUCUUGACCGAGUAGGACGUCGAUUGCCCCUCUGCGCCUUCCUUGUCCUGGGUGGAAUUGCCUUACUUUCAACUAUGUUUGUUACAAAAGAACUCCAGUGGCUGUUAGUCUUCCUCGCUAUGUUUGGAAAGCUCUGUAUCACUGCAUCGUAUGCCAUUAUUUAUGUGUUAUCAGCUGAAAUAUUCCCAACAGUAGUAAGAAAUGUUGGUGUAGGAUCGUCUUCCAUGGUGGCUCGAAUUGGGGGAGCUAUUGCACCAUUCAUAAACCUACUGGGUGAUGCAUGGAAGCCUCUGCCUUUGCUCAUAUUUGGCUCCUUAGCUUUUGCUGCAGGAUUACUUUCACUUUUACUGCCUGAGACACUUGGGAGGCGCUUGCCAGAAACUAUUGAGGAUGGAGAAAGCUUUGGGAGUAAUUCAUCGCUACCAACUAGCAGAAGUACGAGGGAGCAAGAUGAUGCAGCUGUGAUGGCAGAAGCAGAACAGACACAGGCUUUGACUGAGGAAGCUGUAAAAACACCCUUGGAUGAGAAACCUCCCCCUCAUGAAAACUUUGAAUCUCAAGACAAAACAAAUGAGUCUCCUAUGUUAGAAGACAAUAGAACUUAAUACAAAAUAGAAUUUUAAGGCAUAUUACUUUUACCAUUUAUAUAUAUUAUUUUUGCAUCAGGUUUGUUUCAAAUUGAAUUGUGAUUUACACAUCUUCUUGCUGGAGGCUCAAAAGAAAAUGUUUGCACUUAAGCACAUUUUAAAAAAAAACCUACUGUAAUUUUUAUGUAUCAAAAAAUCUUCUUUUGAGAUAAGUCUGUUAUAUAAACUUAAGUAAAAAACUUGUGUACUUAGUUCUUGUUUCAUUAAUGUAAAGGCUGCAACUCAU